GUAAUGGAUAAGAUUGAAAGUGAACUGAAUGACGAACGAAAUCGCUUGUUUGCUGUUGUCUACAUCAAUGGUCGACAAUUUAAAGUCGGUGAAAACGAUUUGAUAACGUUACAGGAUAAUGUUCCGUUGGAUGUUGGUGAUAAAAUUAGACUUGAAAAGGUUAUUCUUCGUGAAUAUUCGCCAUAA